AAAAAAAAACGUCGUUUCCGACCCGGAUCGCCUUCCUCAGGUUCCCGUUCCCUCCCUCCCCGUCGCCGCGAGCAGCGAACUUCCAAGAUCACGGUCGAGCACCGGCACCGGCACCGGCGCAUCGAAGAAUUUACUUCUGGGUUCCAGCUCUUUUCUAACGCUUCCUGCGGACAUGAAUUCGCCGACCGUUUUCAUCUCCGUCGUCGCAUUGGUCCUGCUGUCCAACGGUUCUCUCCGCGCGUCGUCCUCGACUUCGCCGCCCAAAGACCCGUUUCUCGGGAUAGCUCCUGAAGAUGUGAAAUAUUACGGUUCAUCGAACAGGAUCGAGUGUAAGGAUGGGUCGAAGAAAUUCAGCAGAGCCCAGGUCAAUGACGAUUUCUGCGACUGCCCGGAUGGCACAGAUGAGCCAGGAACAUCAGCAUGCCCAAAUGGAAAAUUUUAUUGUCGGAAUGCAGGACAUGUUCCUGUCAUUAUAUUUUCUUCAAGAGUAAAUGAUGGCAUUUGUGACUGCUGUGAUGGGAGUGACGAAUACGGUGAUAAAGUGAAGUGCCUGAAUACAUGUCGGGAAGCUGGAAAAGCAGCACGAGAUGAGCUGAAGAAAAAAAUUGCUGUGUACCAGGAGGGCGUUGCCAUACGUAAACAGGAAGUGGAACAGGCUAAAGUAGCUCUUGCAAAAGACAAGGAAGAAUUCUCAAAACUGAAAAGUGAGGAGAAAGUACUGAAAGUGCAGUUUGAACAGCUUAAAGAGCGCAAAGAACAAAUAGAGAAAGCAGAGGAGAAAGAACGAAUGAGAAAAGAAAAAGAAGAGAGGGAAAAAAGAGAAGCUGAGGAGAAAGCUGGCAAAGAGAAAACCAAAACAGCUGAGGAAAUCGAUCGAGAGAGAAUUGAAAAGGGUGGAGGAGGUGAAAGUGAUACGUCAACUACAGAGAGUAUGCUUGAUGAAAGGAUUGGACUUGUGGAUGAUUAUCCAUCUGACCAGGAUUUGGAAGAAGAUUUGGCGGCAGAACAUGAUCAUCUAUCGACUGGAGUCCAAGAUAAGGGAAUUACUCAUGCUGUGGAAGAGAAAGAUGAGUUUUUAACACCGGCAAAUGAGGAAGAGUCAAUUGUUUCAUCUGAACCUAUUGUUGAUGCUGAAAGCAAGGGAGAUGACGCAUCUGAGAAUGCUGAGGAACUGUCAAAGGAAGAGUUGGGUCAACUUGUUGCUUCUCGUUGGACAGGGGAGAAGACAAGAAGGAAAGCGGGGAAGACUUUGCAAGAGAUAAUAAUAAUGAGGCACAAAGUAGGGAGAUCCCAAAAGACACGCGUGAUGGUAUUGAUGAUAUAUGCGUUAGAAACUGCUGACAGCGAAAAGAAUGAGUAUGAUAAUGUGGAAGAUGCGUUUGAUGAAGAUUCUGCAGUGAACGAUCAUUAUGAUUUCAGUUCUCAUUACAAAGAUGGAUCAGAUAGUGACUCAGACGAUGAAUUUGACUUUGAAGAUAUCGCAAUCCAGAAGUUCUUUUCUUGGGUAGAGAAGAUGAAGAAAAUGUUGCGGGGAAUUCUUCGAGCUAUCAAUAUAUUCCAGACUCCAGUUGACAUAUCUGGGGCUGCUCAUGUACGCAAGGAAUAUGAUGAAUUGAGUACAAAAUUAUCUAAGAUCCAGUCAAGAAUAUCAAGCUUGUCACAAAAGCUGAAACAGGAUUUCGGCCCAGAAAAGGAGUUCUAUUCAUACUAUGGUCGCUGUUUUGAGAGCAAACAGAAUAAGUACAUUUACAAAGUGUGCCCCUUUAAAGAAGCUUCCCAGCAGGAAGGGCACUCUACAACUCGCUUGGGGAAGUGGGACAAAUUUGACGACAGUUACAGAGUCAUGGUCUUCUCAGCCGGUGACAAUUGUUGGAAUGGUCCUGACAGAAGUAUGAAGGUGAAGCUGAGAUGUGGGCUGAAAAAUGAGGUUGCUGAUGUAGAUGAACCAAGUCGUUGCGAAUAUGAAGCAAUGAUAUCCACUCCAGCUCUUUGCAAAGAAGAUAAACUGAAGGAACUUCAAGAUAAGCUAGACACAAUGAGCAGAGAACUGAUGGAAGGCCAUGACGAACUAUAAUAAAUGGAUGGAAUCAAUGAGUCGGAGAUUCCUUUCGGAUGCUGACUUAUCGAGCCUGUACUACCCACUUUGUUCAUAAGAGGUUUACACGUAACAUUUAGUAAAAGGAGCGACAUGUGCAGCUUCUUCCAGCUUUGUUCAUAAGAGGCUUACAUGUAACAUCUAGUAAAGGAGUGACUUGUGCAGCCUUCUUCAGUUGAGCUUCGUCAUGGUUACCAGGCUGGAAACUUUAGCAUUCUCAGGAGCACGUUGAUUACUGGAGCUGUCAAAUGGGUAAAUGGCGGGAUCAGGACAGGAAGCUUUCGACAUGACUGCAGCAUGAGAAGGAUUUUCAUGUAAGAGAUAAGAGGGGCCCUAUGGAGAACGUAUACAGCUCUGAACAUGGUUUUUCUUUUGACUGUAUACAGCUCUUUUGCAGAUCAAUAUCGGGCUUUUCAGAUGCCGAACCACAGUUUACUAGUUUGAAUGUUAUAUUGUGCAGAAGACGCAAUCGGUAAUUUAUGGUGACGACUUUUGCUGUA